AUGGAGCGGGUGCCGGAGCAGAGCUCGUCGGGGACGCUCAAGACGGCCGAGCUGAUCCGCGAGUUCACGGCCUUGAAGGAGCAGUUCCCGCGGGAGUACACGACGUACCGCCUCGCGGACGCGGCGCGCGCGAUCGCGGCGCCGCCGCUGCGCGCGGUGGUGUUCCAGCAGUGGGAGCCGCUCGUGGACCCGUCGCGCGGGCUGGGGGCGGUGGCCAGGCUCAAGGACGCGCUGCUGGACGACGGGUCGGCCGCGUCGCCGUACGCCGCGCUGGUCGACGACGUCGUGGUGGGGCCCGUGCUGGCGUCGGCCGCCGAGACGUGGGAGGCCAGGGACCCGGAGCCGAUGGUCCGGUUCCUGGAGACGUGGCGGGACGCGCUGCCGCUCCCGGCGACCCAGCGCCUCCUGGAGCAGGCGGUCAUGGCCAAGCUGGCGGCCGCCGUCGAGUCGUGGGAGCCGCGGUGGGAGCCCGUGCCGUGCCACGCCUGGGUGCACUCGUGGAUCCCGCUCCUCGGGCGCCGGCUCGAGCCGCUGUUCGCGACGGUGCGGUGCAAGCUCGGGAAGGCGCUGCCGGGGUGGCACGCGGCCCGCGCCACGGCCGACUACGACAUGGUGCUGCCGUGGAAGGACGCGUUCGGGCCGGCGGCGUGGGAGGAGUUCGUCGGCCGGCACGUCGUGCCGUACCUGAGGCAGGGCCUGCGGGCGGUGCGCGUCACGCCGCCCAAGCAGGAGGACGGCGGGUUCGGCGGGGUGAUGAGGUGGUUGUCCGUGGUGCCGGCGCGGGACAUGGCGCGGCUCCUGGAGGAGGAGGAUUUCUUCGGCAAGUGGCAGGACGCGCUGUGCCGGUGGCUGUGGGCCGCGAGACCCACGGUGGUGGAGGCCACGGCGUGGCACGAAGGGUGGAAGCGGCUACUGACGCCGGAGUUGCUCGCCGACGAGCGCGUGCGUGUUCCCAUCGAGGCCGGCCUCCAAAAGAUCAGCCGCGCGGCGCAAGGUCGUCUGGAGAUUUACCGGCCGCCUGGACGGGAGCAGCACGCCGGUCAGGCCAACUCCUGGCGAUACAGAUCGCGGCGGCGCGCGGUGUUUAGUCGUGGAGGCAACAGGCACUGA